AUGGAAAUCCAGAUUCAACCACAACCACAAAAUGUGCAGUAUUUAGUGCCGAAUAGAUCGAUUGAAGAGCCUAUUAUAAGUAUUCAACUUUCAGAAGAGCCAAUACAGCUAAAUUUGACCCCUCCAAUAAGUCCCGUGACACCUCCAUUAAAUUUCGAUGAGACUCUUCCGUUAAGUUCUAGAGUGACAUCUCCAUUAAAUUCCAAUGUGACGCCUCCAUUAAGUUCCAAUGUGACAACUCCAUUAAGUUCCAAUGUGACAACUCCAUUCAAUUCCAAUGUGAUCACUCCAUUAAAUUUCGAAAAUUCUUUAUCUGAUAAUCAAGAAAAAUCAGUAGAAGAAUUUGAAGUAUAUCAAGUUUUAGGUGAUUCAAGUGGUGCUAGUCAUAGAACUUAUUAG